AUGGCUUUCACUACGUCAACCCUAGCUGAAAAGAAGAACAAGGUUUUGUUUAUAUUGGGUGCAACAGGAACUGGGAAAACUAAACUUUCCAUCAACUUGGGCCCUCAUUACCCCGCUGAAAUUAUCAACUCGGACAAGAUUCAAGUCUAUAAGGGUCUUGAUAUCGUCACAAAUAAGGUACCGGAAUCUGAACGCUGCUCGAUUCUGGCGUUACAGAUUCCGCAUCACAUAUUAGGCAUCAUCAAUGAUCCUGAAUAUGACUUUACUAUGUAUGAUUUCUGCAACCACGUGGUUGAAUCCCUAGAUCUCAUAAUUGGCAAUGGACACCUACCUAUUAUUGUAGGAGGGUCCAAUUCUUAUCUAAAAAAAUUAGUUGAGGACCCAGCCAUUUCAUUUCUUUCAAAAUAUGAAUGUUGUUUCAUUUGGGUAGACGUGUCUUUGCCUACUCUAUAUCAAUAUGUAGGAAAAAGAGUUGAUGAAAUGGUUCAGACAGGGAUGAUUGAUGAGAUUCGAGAAUAUUUUGUACCUGGGGCAGACAACACAAAGGGAAUUAGAAGGGCUAUUGGGGUUCCUGAGCUUGAUUCUUUUUUUGCGAUUGAAAAGAAAAGUGGCAUUGAUGAUGCUAUAAAGGAAAAUAUACUGAAGGAAGCUAUUGAAAAAACCAAACAGAACACUUGCAUACUAGCUAAAAAUCAACUCUCGAAGAUCCAGAACAUGGCUCAUAUGCUUGGAUCGAUGGUGUACAAAAUUGAUUCUACGGAAGUCUUUGAGACCCUUUUAAGGGGAGAAGAUUAUAAACACUUGCAUCAAGAGAUUGUGAUUAAGCCAAGCAAGGAGAUAGUGAAGAGAUUCCUAGAGGAGACGACUGAUGGAUUUAGAUAUGAAAAAUAUUCAAAUGAAAAUGGGAAACAUGCACCCAAUGGUGUUUGA